GUUGCUCGAUGAGAGCGAGAGUGUAACGAUCGAAAUGCUUUUAUCGAUUGAUCGAUUUCAAUUAGUUGGACAGAUGUUUAUGGCAAUGUUUGGACUGUGCUUUGCGUACACAAAGUAGAAUUGAAGGUUUUCUGUGUCGGCUAUGGUUUCUUGCAAACCAAUCAAAAGCUCUAUCACGUAAGGUUCCAAUGAAAGAGAGAAUUGGCCCAAAUUGUGGCUAUUACAAUUUCUCAUGAAAAACUGAAGAAAAUAAACAUGUGGCGGUGCACAUCAACUGCGAAACUUAAAUCGUUUGUCACCGGAGUUCGACCACCGGGAAAGAUGUUUCAGCAGAAAAGGGAAAACUUCCCACCUGUGAUGUUCCUUCAACAAACUCGACAUAAUGUUUCAACAGUUGAAACACGAUUUCGUAAAGCACAGGAUGGCAAUAAGAAAUUGAAACCGUUUGCAUGGUUUUUGUUGCUCGUGCCGAUAACAACAUUUGCACUUGGAACAUGGCAAGUGAAACGUCGGAAGUGGAAGUUGGAUCUUAUUGCAGAUCUUGAGAGUAGAACAAAGCAGGCCCCACAUGAUCUUCCUGAAGACCUUUCUGAGCUGGAGAAGAUGGAAUAUUAUCCUGUGCGAGUGAAGGGCAGGUUCGAUCACUCACGUGAGCUGUAUUUGGGGCCUCGAUCACUUAUUGUGGAUGGAGAUGCAGCAAAUCAAGGUAGUCUUAUGUCACAAAAUACCAAAGGACAGUCUGGAGGAUACUGUGUGGUGACACCUUUCAUACUAAGUGACAGAAAUUCCACGAUUCUAGUGAACCGUGGAUGGGUUCCCAGUAAACAGAAAAAUCCAGGAACCAGAGAAGCUGGUCAGAUAGAAGGAGACCUGGAGCUUACUGGACUUGUCAGGCUAAGUGAAAAAAGAGCUCCUUUCAUGCCUGCCAAUAAACCAGAUGCAUGGUUCUACAGAGAUGUGGAGACAAUGGCAGAAGUACUUCAAACAGAUCCAAUAUUCAUUGAUGCCUCUGCAGAAAGCAGUGUUCCUGGUGGCCCACAAGGAGGACAGACAAGGGUCACAUUAAGAAAUGAGCAUCUUUCCUACAUACUAACUUGGUAUGGCCUUAGUGCAGCAACUACUAUCAUAUGGUUUCGAACAUUCAUUCAUAAGAUGAGAAAAUAUUAAUUUGCCACUAACAACCACGUGUUUAUGCCUACAUGUGACAUGUUCUGCUGUAAUAAUAGUGCCUUCAGUUGUAGAUAUGCUUAAUAAAAAUGAACAAACAGCAUUUA